GUUGGCCGUCUGUCUGGGACAGGCGCGAUGAUGGCGCUCCUGGAGCUCGGGGGCGGGGAGCUUUUCAGAGUGUAGAAUUUUCCUGCGAGUUGGACUCUUCACCAACUGACUGUCCCGAGGGGGCUGAAGCUGCUGCCCGGGUCAGUGGCGAGGUUCGGCGCAAUCUCUGGCUUGUAACUAGAGUCCGACGCUGGAUGCGCGGGGUGACGGUGCUGUCUUCACGAACCACACAAUCCAUUCUGCACCAGGAGGUGAGGAUUCCAGGGGAGAAAAUUCUUUGUUCCUUUUCUGAAAACUGACAACCUGGCUAGAAGACAGACAGCAUGGCGGCCUGCCCACCAGACUGUGAGCUCUUCUCUGAGGACUGUUAUCCUGCACGGCAUCCCGUGCGCACAAAGUCUACCAAAGCAUGGAUCCUGGAGCCUGGUGCCUAGCAGGUGCUCCGAACACGUUUAUCCUGUGAGUGAUGGUGACAACCAGCGAUGCACACAGAGCAGUGUAGCUGUUGAAUGCAAGCUUCAUGAGAAUGGAGAGUCUGCAAAUUUUGUCCUGGGCAGUAUUCCCAGCACUGAGAAUGGAGCCUGGCACUAGGAAGUGAUAUGAAAUAUUUGCUGCGUGAGUUACCUGAUCGCUGGACCAGCUCUGGACGUGUAGUCUGGAUUCUUCUGGCUCCCCACGUUCCCUGCUACCUUCUAGUUCUUCGAGAACCUUCGUCUUCACCUUCCUCUCCAGACCCCAGGGCCGGCUGGAGCUUCGAGCACAGACUAGACCUCCAUGGAUCCCCUCCAGAAGCGUAACUCAACGUUGAUUUCUGAAUCUUCCCUGAUGACCUCUGAAGAGACAUCCAGGGAAGUCACAGCAGCCUCUCAUCCUUCCUUCUCAGGAUUGCUAAUGAUGGGCAUCAGUGACCUGAACCCCCAUCCUAGCACCAACUACUCUGCCCCUCUACCAGAGGGGCUGCUCCAGGAGCGGUACAGAGAUGAGGAAAUCCUGCAAGAGAGGCGGUGGAAAAGGUCAGCAUCCCCUCAGGGGAAGAAAACAUUCCUCGGGCACAUGAGACGGAGACACCUCGAUCACGUGGCACCUUAUCAGGUUGAAAGGGAAGCCAGAGUCUCUUCCUCAGAUGGUAGAGUUCAGAAUAGAUUCCGGUGUGAAUGUCGAUACUGCCAGAGCCGUAGGCCGAGUGUUUCUGGGAUGCCUGCGGAGAGGAAGGGGGCCCCACAUCCUUCCUCCUGGGAAACGCUAGUACAGGGCCUCAGUGGCUUGACCCUCAGCCUGGGUACCAACCGGCCCGGUCUUCUGCCGGAAGGGGUGCUCCAACAGCAGGAGAGAGAGGAGAAGCUCCAACUGGAGAUGCGGCAGGAAAGCAAAAGAAUGUUUCAGAGGCUCCUAAAACAGUGGUUAAAAGAAAACUGAGACUCUCAUCCUCAUGUGAUGGAGAUCUGAAUGGAUUCAGACGUGGAUGCUGGUGUUGCCAGAUCCUGGGCGUGGAUUGCUUUUGGGGACCAAAGAGUAAGCAAUAGUUGGAGGAGUGACAAGACCAGAGUUAUGACUGGAAAUCCUGUCAGCACGAGCCUUGAUUUGAUCCCAGGAAGGUCCUCAUCUUUCCUGCCUGGAAUUUCUGGAUCACUCUGGGGCAUUCUAUGGCAAGGGAGACUGCAAACGAGUGGUCCUUAACUCCUGUAAUAUGGCUCCCAUGAUGCAUGUUGUCACUUUCACACCCUGAAUCUCUGUCUUUCCUCCUUACUUUGUGUCAAUAGGAUAGAAACUGCCUCUGUACUGAGAAUGCCUUGUUGCUGUGUGUGUGCUUUUGUGCCAUUUUAUUGACUGCUUCCAAGAAGCAGCACUAGGUUUGGUGGAAUGCACGGGCACUAAACUUAGAUCCAGUUUCCAAGAUCUGAGGCUAAACAAAGUGUGGGAAAAGGACGUGGAGCUAGAACUUGGGGGUUCGCCAUUUGUAUCGUAUGGUUUGUAUAAGCUAUUAUGAGUAUGACGAGCUUAAAUGUAGCUGUUUCCCUGCUCCUUAACAUCGAGUAGUCUUCCCCCUUGAGGGAAUUUCUGAUGGGUUACCUCGUCGUCGAUACCAAAUAAAUACACGUGUGAAAGGAAACUAACUUUAGAAUUCAGGUUUGUUCAUCCAUAUUGUUUUGUCCUUUGUUAGAUCUGAGAUCACUACAUUUAAAUCCCAGAGCAGUAGAUCAGAGUGAACCAAGAGGAGCUCUAAACCGUGCGCAUUUGGAACAGGGGAGGAGGGAGGGCAACAGAGAAUACCAUCAAGCCACUAUUUGUGGCCCUGCAGCGAAGCCAGCCUUCAGGUCACCCAGGCAGAGCAAAUGGAAGAGAGCCCUUCUGCCCAUGGAGAGUUGGAAGCAGAGUCUGCUGCCCACAGUAGGAGGUCCUGCCAGAUGGUGCUGGUGCCCCUGGCACGCAGACUCCCGGGGCCGUUCCUCGUUGCCUGGUAUCCCUGGGUUGGUGCAGGCAAACAGUAGUUUCAUGCCUGCCGCGUGAGAACCAGAGUGUCACUGAGUUAUUUGACAGUCGUAUUUGGAUUUAGACAUGUGCCUUUUCAUUUCAGGAGGCACGAAUGAUUAAAUCUACCUUUUCCCUCCACAGAAUCCAAUGAUGUGUACCCAGGAAGUGACCAUGCAGUUCUUCUGAACUGAAAAUAAACUCUGCUUUCCGUUA